AUGUUCGAAUUACCAGCUGUACAGAAUAGCAAGCGAAUACGAACAAUCCGCAAGUUACGGUACCAAUAUAUCAACGCUUUGCAUCGGGAACAUGCGAAAACCCAAGGACAAAUCAACGCCGAUGGCACCCUACCCACCCCAGAAAACUCCGCUGCAGAGGAAACCAGCGAUGUGGACGCUGACAGAGCCUCCACACUCAUCCGCAAACGGCGCAAAAGAAGGUCACUCAGCAUCCUAGGCUGCGCUGAUUCGGAUUCUGAGCUGUCAGAUACAGAACUGCAAGACCCUGACGCGCAGGACGAUCCUCACCGUCAUCAUUUCCAGCAGGAUAGCGAGAAGGCGUUCUAUGCAAGACACGAGAAGCCGCAGGAGACAUUCGAGAGUUGGAACACAGACCGACGCAAUGCCGUCCCGAUGAUUUCUAGGACCAUAUCGUAUGCUGAUUGCAAACACAUAGAAAGAAGCGCCCACAGGAGAACUAUUGCCAGGAACACCCAUAUCUCACAAGCAGCCCAUCUGCAAUAUUCGGCCAUCAGAAGCGGCCAAGAAGUCUUCAUGCCUCCCUCCUUCGGGUACCAUAGCGUCCACUACCAUCAACUAAGCGAACUUCUGCAUUUAAGCAUCUUAUCCAGAAACUGGGAGAAUGCCUACAGGUGCUUUUCUGUUCUCAUACGUUUGCCCGGAAUUGACGUCAGAAGUCUGUGGGGCGCCGGUGUGGCGAUUCUGGACGCACUGUCCCAAUCGAAAAAGGGCAUUGCCACCAGUACGGACUUUUUGGGCUGGCUAAGCAGCAUAUACACCUCCAGGAGUAAUUUCAAUCACAGUAUGAAUUUAUCGUUAGAUCCAGUCUUCAGAUCGGGCUCGAAGACUCACACCGCCAAAUUCGUGAUAUCUUGGUUGUGGGAGACCCUCUUCGAUGCUUGUUCUGACAUUAAUUUAAGCCAGACUAAAAUGUAUGAUGGCAUCGACAGCCGGUUGCCCAAACUUAUGGAGAAGUUAUCAGAGAUGAUUCUGGCUCCUCCUUACAUGGAAGACCCUGAGGUUUGGUUUAUAUAUGCCGUGUGUCAUUUGGUGUGCGCAGACAAGUUUUCUGAGCGAUUCUGUAAUCAAGGUGAUGGGUUUAGUGGGCUUGAAAAGGACAUUGCAAGAAAUCAAGUUGUUCAACAUAUAACCAACACCCAGAAUUGUCUCAAGAAGUGCAUGGUCAAAGGCGCCGAUUUCAACUAUCCUGAACGAUUCCUUCAAGAGCAAUUGGCUAGUUUCGAGAAGAGGCUAUAUUUUGAUGGCAACGCUGAUCAAAGUCAAAUGGAGGCUAAAAGUUCAGAAGAUAACACGUCAGAUUCAUCUUCCUCAAACUUGGACACUCAGGAAUUACCUGCUGCGGACCUCUCGUCGUUUAUUAAUGAGGACGAAGACGAAGACUACUUUGGCAGAAGCGAAAGAGUUCAUUUUGGAUUCGACUCCGACGAAAGCAGCAGUUAA